CGAUGGCGUCCUACGUGGAUAACAACUUCCGCCAAGCGGUCAUGAAGAACCCGGCCGACAGGAGCCCCCAGGAUCUGGAGGUAGUGUAUUCCUAUUUACAUGGAAUGGAAGCCUUGUCAAAUUUGAGAGAACACCAGCUCAGAAUGAUGUGUGAAACAGUGCGAUACGAGAGGCAUGAAGCAAAUGAAGUUCUGUACUACCCCGAUGAUAUUGGGACCUGUUGGUAUAUUCUUCUGUCUGGUUCAGUAUUUAUCAAAGAAUCAAUGUUUCUUCCAAGGAGCAGUUUUGGCAAGCGUUCUGCAGGAAGCUUCAGGCGUGGCUGUGAAUGCAUUGUUUUAGAGCCAUCUGAAAUGAUUGUGGUGGAUUAUAUGGAUGAAAAUGAAGAAUACUUUCAGCGGCAAGCCUCUCAUAGGCAGUCUCGACGGAGAUUUAGAAAAAUCAACCAAAAAGGAGAACGGCAAACAAUUAUUGACACUGUGGAUGCUUAUCCUUUGGGGAAGCCACCUUUACCUAGAGGUUAUCAUACGGAAUGCACUAAACAGCAGCUUCCUGCAGAUUUCACAAAACUGCACCUCGCUGACAGUCUCCACCCACAGGUGACCCACGUUUCAUCUAGUCAUUCAGGAUGUAGCAUUACUAGUGACUCUGGAAGCAGCAGUCUUUCUGAUAUCUACCAGGCCACAGAAAGUGAAGCUGGUGACAUGGACUUGAGUGGGUUACCAGAGACAGCAGUGGAUUCUGAAGAUGAUGAUGAUGAAGAAGAUAUUGAGAGGGCAUCAGACCCUCUGAUGAGCAGGGAUAUUGUUAGAGAUUGCCUGGAAAAAGACCCAAUAGACAGGACAGAUGAUGAUAUUGAACAACUCUUGGAAUUCAUGCAUCAGUUGCCAGCUUUUGCCAAUAUGACAAUGUCCGUAAGAAGAGAACUCUGUGCUGUUAUGGUGUUUGCAGUCGUAGAAAGGGCAGGGACCAUAGUUCUAAAUGACGGGGAAGAGCUGGACUCCUGGUCCGUUAUUUUGAAUGGUUCUGUGGAAGUAACAUAUCCUGAUGGAAGAACAGAAAUAUUGUGCAUGGGAAACAGUUUUGGUGUAUCUCCUACCAUGGACAAAGAAUACAUGAAAGGCGUAAUGAGAACCAAAGUGGAUGACUGCCAGUUUGUGUGUAUAGCCCAGCAAGAUUAUUGUCGCAUCCUCAAUCAAGUGGAAAAAAACAUGCAGAAGGUAGAAGAGGAAGGAGAGAUUGUCAUGGUAAAAGAACAUAGGGAAUUGGAUCGCACUGGAACAAGAAAGGGUCACAUAGUUAUCAAGGGGACACCGGAGAGGUUAACAAUGCACUUGGUGGAAGAGCAUUCAGUAGUGGAUCCAACAUUUAUAGAAGAUUUCCUGUUGACCUACAGGACCUUUCUUUCCAGCCCAAUGGAAGUGGGAAAGAAGUUGUUGGAGUGGUUCAAUGAUCCUAGCCUCAGGGAUAAGGUAACACGGGUAGUAUUGUUGUGGGUGAACAAUCACUUCAAUGAUUUUGAGGGAGAUCCUGCAAUGACUCGUUUUCUGGAGGAAUUCGAGAACAACUUGGAAAGAGAGAAAAUGGGUGGACAUCUGAGGCUGUUGAAUAUUGCAUGUGCUGCUAAAGCUAAACGAAGAUUGAUAACGUUAACAAAACCAUCACGGGAAGCCCCUUUGCCUUUCAUCUUGUUGGGAGGAUCAGAAAAGGGGUUUGGAAUCUUUGUUGACAGUGUAGAUUCAGGUAGCAAAGCCACUGAAGCGGGCUUGAAACGUGGUGAUCAGAUAUUGGAGGUGAAUGGCCAAAACUUUGAAAACAUUCAACUGUCAAAAGCCAUGGAAAUUCUUCGAAAUAAUACACAUUUAUCUAUCACUGUGAAAACCAAUUUAUUUGUAUUUAAGGAACUUCUAACAAGGCUGUCUGAGGAGAAAAGAAAUGGUGCUCCUCAUCUUCCUAAAAUUGGUGAUAUUAAAAAAGCAAGCCGUUAUUCCAUCCCAGAUCUUGCAGUUGAUGUGGAACAGGUGAUAGGAUUGGAAAAAGUAACCAAGAAAAGCAAAGCCAACACUGUUGGAGGACGAAACAAGCUAAAGAAGAUACUCGACAAAACCCGCAUCAGUAUCCUGCCUCAGAAACCUUACAAUGAUAUUGGAAUUGGCCAAUCUCAGGAUGACAGUAUUGUAGGGAUGAGGCAGACCAAACACAUACCUCCUGCUCUACCAGUCAGUGGAACAUUGUCUUCAAGCAAUCCUGACUUACUGCAGUCACAUCACCGCAUCUUAGAUUUCAAUACAACCCCAGACUUACCGGAUCAAGUUCUGCGAGUUUUCAAAGCAGACCAGCAAAGUCGCUACAUUAUGAUCAGUAAAGACACAACUGCAAAGGAAGUGGUUAUUCAGGCAAUCCGAGAGUUUGCUCUAACUACCACUCCAGAUGCGUACUCUUUGUGUGAAGUCUCGGUCACUCCAGAAGGCGUAAUCAAGCAAAGGAGGCUUCCAGAUCAGCUUUCCAAGCUUGCUGACAGAAUACAGCUUAGUGGAAGAUAUUAUCUGAAGAACAAUAUGGAGACUGAAACAUUGUGUUCUGAUGAGGAUGCUCAGGAAUUGCUGAGAGAGAGUCAAAUCUCUUUACUGCAGCUCAGUACUGUUGAAGUGGCUACCCAACUCUCAAUGCGUAACUUUGAACUGUUCCGCAACAUUGAGCCUACAGAGUACAUAGAUGACUUGUUUAAGCUGAAAUCUAAAAUUAACUGUUCUAACUUGAAAAGGUUUGAAGAAGUAAUAAACCAAGAAACCUUUUGGGUAGCAUCUGAGAUUCUGCGAGAAACCAACCAGCUGAAAAGGAUGAAGAUAAUUAAACACUUCAUUAAGAUAGCACUGCACUGCAGGGAAUGCAAGAACUUCAACUCCAUGUUUGCAAUAAUAAGUGGCCUGAACUUAGCUCCAGUUGCAAGACUUCGUACCACUUGGGAAAAACUUCCAAGCAAAUAUGAGAAAUUGUUUCAAGAUCUUCAGGAUUUAUUUGAUCCAUCGAGGAACAUGGCAAAAUACCGCAAUGUCUUGAACAGCCAAAACCUACAGCCCCCAAUUAUUCCACUGUUCCCUGUAAUCAAAAAGGACCUAACAUUUCUUCAUGAAGGCAACGAUUCCAAAGUGGAAGGUUUGGUAAACUUUGAGAAACUACGAAUGAUUGCAAAAGAGAUUCGCCAUGUGGGCCGAAUGGCUUCUGUUAACAUGGAUCCUGCUUUAAUGUUCAGGACUAGGAAGAAGAAGUGGAGAAGCUUGGGGUCUCUCAGUCAAGGUAGUACAAACACGGCAGUGCUUGAUGUUGCACAAACAGGUGGACACAAAAAGCGGGUCCGUCGCAGCUCUUUUCUUAAUGCCAAAAAACUAUAUGAAGAUGCUCAGAUGGCUCGCAAAGUCAAGCAGUAUCUGUCUAAUUUGGACCUGGAAAUGGAUGAAGAGAGUCUCCAGGCACUGUCUCUGCAAUGUGAACCAGCCAGCAAUACAUUACCCAAGACUCCAGGGGACAAACGAUCUGGAAAGCCUGAAACAUCUCCUGUUGCACAUAGGUCAGGUAUACAGCAGAAGGUACAGCAGCAGCAGCACAAAGCAAACCAGGCAUUGCAGGUUCCUGCUGUAUCUCUUUAUCCUUCUCGUAAGAAAGUACCAGUCAAGGACCUCCCCCCCUUUGGCAUAAACUCCCCACAAGCUUUAAAGAAAAUUCUUUCACUUUCUGAAGAGGGAAGUUUAGAUCGUCAUAAGAAACAAGCCGAGGACACGAUUUCAAAUGCUUCUUCACAACUAUCUUCUCCUCCCACGUCACCACAGGGCUCUCCAAGAAAAGGCUAUACUCUGGCUCCCAGUGGUACGGUGGAUAACUUUUCAGACUCUGGCCACAGUGAAAUUUCUUCCAGAUCUAGCAUUGUCAGCAAUUCUUCAUUUGACUCCAUGCCAGUUUCAGUACAUGAUGAAAGGAGACAGAGGCACUCUGUCAGCAUUGUGGAGACUAACCUUGGAGUGGGAAGGAUUGACAGAAGAGCCAUGAUUGAACCAGAUCAGUACAGCCUAGGCUCCUAUGCACCACUGACAGAGAACAGAGGCUUGUAUGCUGGGGCAACUAUGCUUUCUUCUCCCAGUACAGAGGAGCUGUCACAGGAUCAGGGAGAUCGCGCAUCGCUUGAUGCAGCAGAUAGUGGCCGUGGCAGUUGGACUUCUUGCUCAAGUGGUUCCCAUGACAACAUACAGACAAUACAGCACCAGCGAAGUUGGGAGACUCUUCCUUUUGGACAUGCUCAUUUCGAUAGUUCAGGCGAUGGGGCAGGACUGUGGGCCUCAGGGAGCCACAUGGACCCGAUGAUGUUCUCCGAUCAUGGCACAAAGUAUGGCAGGCAGAGUCAAGGUAGGGAGGGCCUUGAUCAAGCACAGUCCAGAGCAAGCUGGGCAUCCUCCACAGGCUACUGGGGAGAGGACUCUGAAGGUGAUACAGGUACCAUAAAACGGCGGGGUGGGAAGGAUGUAUCAAUUGAAGCUGAAACCAGUAGCAUAACAUCUAUAACAGCAGAGGAUUCAAAGCAAAUUCCCAUGCCAGCUCAUAUAGCUCUGACAACAAGUAAUGCAAAGGGUCUUAUUGCUCGAAAAGAGGGCCGCUAUCGUGAACCUCCACCAACCCCACCUGGUUAUGUAGGAAUACCUAUUGCUGACUUUACAGAAGGAGUUUCCCAUCCAGCCCGAAAACCUCCAGAUUACAACGUAGCACUUCAGAGGUCUAGGAUGGUGGCACGGUCAAGUGAAGCCUCUGGGACUUCGACUUCACAACAGCAAUCACAGGGUCAUUCGUCUAGCAGACCUGUUAACAAACCUCAGUGGCACAAACCAAAUGAGUCAGACCCACAUCUUGCUCACUAUCAGCCUCAAGGGUUUUCCACAGAGGAGGAUGAAGACGAACAAGUUUCUGCCGUUUAAGAACUGGGGCGUUCUGGAUCCUGGACUCCGGAAAAGUGAAGGCUGCCAAUCCAAGUAGUACUCAAAUGUGAGGAACUGCUGGUCUUGGAUUUUUUCAUUGAACUCAGCUGAUCAUAUUGAUCAGUAGAUAAACGUAAAUAGCUUCAACUUUUAAAGAUCAAAUUGCAGUGUUUUUUCACUGUAUUGAACAAUGUCAGUGCUUUAUUUAAUUAUUCUCUUUCUCCUGUAAUCAUUGCUUUUUGUCUAUUUGCUUAUAUAUCACUUUGUCAAUUAUGCAUUUGUAAUUUUACAUGUAAUAUGCAUUUGCCAGUUUCAUUAUAUAGUCUAUGGACCUCAUGUGCAUAUAGCAAGACAGAAGAAACAUAGCUCUAUCACAAGUUGCACAAAUGUUAUAUAGGCAUUUAAGUAAUUGUAGACCAUAGGACUGCUAAUCUCAGUUCACUCUGUGAUGUCAAGUGCAGAAUGUACGACUAACUGGUGAUUUCCUCAUACUUUUGAUACUACUUGUACCUGUAUGUCUUUUAGAAAGACAUUGGUGGAGUCUGUAUCCCUUUUGUAUUUUUAAUACAAUAAUUGUACAUAUUGGUUAUAUAUUUUUGUUGAAAAUGGUAGAAAUGUACUAUGUUUAUGCUUCUAUCCAGUUUGUAUGAAGCUGGAAUAUAAAUAAAUAUAACAUUAAUGA